AGCAAAGCUGAAAAGCAGGAGUCUACCAAUUCUAAAAAACUAGCCAAUAGAAAAGCUGGAAGUAAAAAUACGAAACCUCAAUUGGGAGUAACUACAGUUAUACAAUAUAGCUCCAACCUUGACCAACACAUGGGAGCUCCACAAAUAGAAAGAAGACUGCAUGUAGAAAAAACCAGAAACAUCAAAGUGAUUACCAAACUAGAAAGUAUAUCGAGUAAAGAUACGUAUGAAUGUCUCAAAGGAAUUAUAAGCCAAGUUACCUGUCUGGGAGUUAAUGGUUCCUGUAUGAGAAAAGUGGUGGAUAUACAGAUUAAAUAUAGAGGUUGA